AAACAAAAUUCAAACUUCUACAGUUAUCGAUUAAUUUUUUGUCAUAGCUCUAUGCUACCGAUAAUGCAGUUCAUCCAUCUUUAUUACUUUCCGGUGCCUUUUCAUUCGUUUCCUUUGAUUCGCGUUCAAUUUCUUGAAAAGAUGAUGGAUUUACACAUGCAGCUAACCGCAACCACUGUGCCAAGAGAGCGCUAGUACCUACCAACUGAGCUCAGACUUGCAUGAGAGACGCUAACUGCCACCCAAAAUCACCCCCUGCCAGUGCAUUCAUAUACUGGUGCGCGUAAAUGUGCCUUCACGCCGUAAAUAUGUGUGUACAAGCAUAUACAAAGUGUAACCAGCAGUUGACUUGCUGAGGCACCAAAACAAGCGCAUACAGCACACAGUUAAAGGUACGCUACUUUCUUCGAACAACCACCGCUUGCAUUUGCAGUAACCCAUUCCUGUAAAGCAUAUAUCCUUUUCCAACACUGCUAUUUUAUCAGCUCGGUUUUUUGAGCACUACCAAACCACCACCACCAACUCCAUCAACAACAACUCCGUUAUAAACAUAGCCGCACAACAUUCACCACCCCCCGCCUGUAUAUGCGUGCCUGUUGUUGUGUCUGUUGUCGUUGUUUUGCCGGUCUGUGUUGUUGGAGGACAUCAACUUCGGCAAUAGUGUGGCUAUCGCGCAGCGCCGAAGCAAUGUUUUCAUCACGUUUCGUCGUCACUGACUCUGUCACGACUCUGGUGGUACUGGCUCGGAUUUAUGCUUGGCGUGCGUGGUGUAUCCUAGUCGAUGUUAGUGAGUUGCCGUAAUUGGACGUGGGUGAAUUACAUUGAACGGUUAUUUUCGUUUUACUCGGUAUUAAUACGCGUUGACGACGACGGUGUGACGAAGCCAUUGAUAUAAAGUGAUAUGGCGUUGUGAGUCUAGUGUCUUGCAUUUUGUUGAUGCGAGCAUUAUUGGCAAUUAAAAAUAUUAUAUAUUUGCUUGUUAAUAUCUCGCGCGUCGGCGACUUUCAUAAAGUGACAGUGUUGAUUACAACUUUCGCCUAGACAAUAAAUAUGACAACAAAAUUGAAUAUAUUGACGAAAAUGUGAAUCGCUGCAUAAAUAGUAAUUGUAAUUGGAAGCAAAAAACUUUCAACAAAAUUGUUUGUAAAACAUAAACAAAAGUGAUAAAUAAAAACAAAUUGAAACGAAAUUUAAAAAAUAAACAAAAUUUACUAUAAAUUAAAAUAAAGGUGUAUUUGUUGAGUAUAAAAUAAUUUUAUUGGCAUUGUGCGGUGCAUGAUUUGGUAGAAAUAAUAAUAAUCAACAAAGCUAACUUAAUUAAAAUAAAGUGAAAAGAAAACAAACAGCUGCUAAAAAGAGAUGAAAAACAUAAAGGAUUGUAAAUUAGUAGCAAUCGCUUAAGUUCUUUGAACUAAAUUUUAAGUGAAUAAAUUAGUGAUAGUGAAAUUUAUUAAUAAAAAAAUAAAUAUAUAUAUAUAUAAGUGCUUAAAAAGUAUAAUAUUAAUGUGGUAAAUAAUAAGAAAAAAUUUGUUUUAGUAAAUUUUAACCGGAGGAUUCCGUAAUAUUUAUAUUGUCAAAAAUAAGAUAUAAAGUCUUUCGUAACAACACGCUGGUAUUGAGAUUAUUGCAGUUAAUUGAAUACAGCGUAUUAACGUGGCUUAAAUCAUUGUAAGCGGCUAUAGACGGCUAUGCGCCAGCGCCGUGCGCCACGAUAUAGCCUUGUGUGUGGCUGGAAAAUCGUUAAACGUACAUCAAAUGAAUUUUAAAUGUUAAAACAAUCGCUUUUAAUCUAAAAUAAAGUGCGAGGAUAAGGUGUGAAUGCAAAGUGAAAAAUAAUAAACGAAAAAAAAGACAAUAUAUAACGGUAUAUAAAUAUACGAAUCCAUGAGUGCGAUUGCGAAUGACAAAUAAAACGCAAUAAAAUUAUAAAUAAAAAAAUUAAAUUAAAUAAAAUUACAAAAAUAAAAGUGUAUGAAAAUACGCAAUUGCAUAGAAAGUGUGUGGAAAAUCAAAAUCAAACAAAAAAGGAAAAUAAAAACAAACGACAUUCUGCGCUUAAUCCCCUUCGUAGCAACAAAAUCCAUGCCUAUCAUUUCACGAGAAUUAACACAUUAGAGACGAAUGCCAGUCGCAUAGGCGCUUACAGCGAAGGUGUUUGUGUCUUCAGCGCAGGAUAACGAUGAGUGUGUAAGCGCACACACGCUCAUAUAGCAAGGUAGACACACACUUUGCGUUAUAUAAAUUUAUAGCAUAGACAGACGCGCCUUCGAUUUGGUGAGCGGAAAUUGCUCGCUUGUCACAAGUCAACAAAAAGUUGGUCUUCGCCACACAGACGGAGUUACAUAUAUAACGGGGCACACCAAUCAUCAUGCAUUCACCUGGAAAAUACGCACUAAUUUUCAAAUAGUUGGCAAUAAAAUCGCUGAAUGCGAGGAAUGCAAUCGCUGCGCACGCCAAAUUAGUCCACAUUUUUUGCGCUACGCCAGCAGUCAACGGCACUACAGCUGCCACCAACACCACCAUCACCCUUUAAAUACCAGCGCAUGCAUCUUUAGUCUACACCACACAUCCUUUUUACUCACCGCCACUUCGACUAUCACUUUUAUCUACUUUAGUCUACUAAAAGUGUUUAGUUACCGCGCAACGAAAACUUGCUCCUUUGCCAAGGACGUUUCUCUACGGUACGCGCGUACGACGCUCGUAAAAGACCAACUGUGGAGCAGAGCUAUAGCGGGAGACACGCGGGUGUAUGCAGUGGUGGCAACUUUCGACAAAAGUUGAAGCUGCAAAGAUUUUUGGUUAUUUACGAAUUUUGUUGAUUUGUUGAUUUCGGGGAUUGAAAGUUGUGGCAUUAGCAAAUCAGGGCAGGAGACGACACGACGACACAACGAAGGCGCCAACACAAUUGCGAACAAGCGCAACAAAAAGGAGGAAGAAAAAGUCAACACAAUCAAAAGAAGUGAUAAAAUACAAGCAGCAAGUGGGUGUAGAAAAGGAAGUGGCAACAGAGCGGAGUGAAGAGACGAUUGGCAGUGAGAAAGAUAGAAAGAGAGGCCAGCGGUAACUUUGUGGGUGGAAAGUUUGCGCAACAAACGAAAACCGAGCCACAGUGGCUACCAGCAAGCAACAGUAGUUGAAUUUGCGGCCGAGCACAAACUCAAUUGUAGUUGGCGUUAGCACAAUUGUUGUAGUUAGUGUUGUUGUAGUUGAAGGCUUCAACACUAAAAUCAAAUAAUCAAAGCAAACAUUGAGGCUGUAAUAACAAGACAAGCUGGAGGACACGAGCGCCAGCUGCAGCAACAGCCGUUACACGCCAGCAUAAUAGUAAAUCUAGUAGCAGAAACAGCAACAGUAACAACAAUAAAGCCAACAACAGCUACAACAAUUUUGGCUACUAAAGCAGCGCCGAAAGAUGAGCAGCGGCAAAGAUCAAAGCAUUAAAUAGCCAAAGAAGUUGCAGGCUCGAGCUAUAGAGCAGCAGUUGGAAUAGAAAAAGAAGAAGAAGAAGAAAAAGACGUGGAUUAAGUAGUGACUCCACAACAACAAGCACAGCAAGCUGGCUUGCGCAACAAGAAAAAUAAGCGCGUGCAGUGUGGCAGCAAAGAAGUCGGCAGUUGGGCGGCAAACGAGAGGCCAACACAGCCCGGAACAGACGAACGCCAUUGUGUCAACACUAACAAAAACACGCACAACAAACAAUUUGUGCAACAUUAGAGCAACAGCAGCAGUGGCGUACGCGACCGCUGCUACAGCGACCACGGAGCAUACGAUAAUGUGCACGAAGACUGUUGAGUCGCAACAGCAGCGCCGCAAAUGCACGGAUGAGCAAUGUGAUGACAGGAGCGACUACAACAAAAACCGACUACAACAAGAACAGCAACAAUAUAAUGCCAAUGUCUGCGACGUGGCAGUUGUUCAAGAGCAAAAAGCCAAACGAGCACACAAUACACUCGUGCGCCAAGCGAUGAUACUGCAGCAGAAGCAGCAGCAGCAGCAACAACAACAACAGCAGCAGCAGCAAGAGUCAACGCCACAACGAGGGAAGGCGCGUGACAAAAGGCAAUGGCGGGCAAUGUGCGGCAGCAGCAGCGGCACACGCUAUGGUCGGGCAGGAAUCAAGUGGAAAAUUAUAAUAUCAACAAUAAUUUUGCUAUUAUGCCGCACAAGUCACGUGCUUGCCAUACGAAAGGGUCGUCUCAUGUCUCCGAGCUCAUUCACUGCCCUAAGCGGAGAUCUACAUGUACAGAUACAAUUCAGCGGCGAAGAUGUGGCUGCCGGGAACGCUGUUGGGGGCGUGGCAGGAGUUGGGGCCAAAGAUGGCGUUGAAGUGGCGGCUGAUGAAGCAAACGUGCGGAGUACAACAACAACGACGAGCACUACGGGCAGGACAACGGCGACAGCAACAAUGACGACAAUGUCGACAACGACAUCACGCACGACAUAUCCAUUAGAUGGGAUGAGUUUUCGUCAAGUGGGUGUCAGCGGCGGCGGUGUGGGCGUUGUGGAGAAUACCAUUACAAGCACUUUGGUAAUUAGUAAAAUCAUUGAUGAUUUUGUGGAUGCAAUGGCUGCGGCGACGGGUAAUGAUACAGCGCGGACAUUUGUAGAGCAGCAUGCACAAUUCAAUAGCAGCUUAACGAGCAGUUCGAGUGCGGAAGUAACAACGCCAGCAGCGUCCAAUGACACCAGUAAUCAGACGACGCGGCCAACCAAAGUGUUGCAACGUCGCCGCAAAGAAAUCGUGCAGAAUAUACCGGUCUUCCCCGAUCCACGGCAUAAUGUCACACAAAUCUCGGUGCCCUGUCAGACUUUUACACGUGGCGGCCUAUACGAAAUGCAAGUAGUAACCAAUUUGAAGACCACUACGCCCGUUGCUGCGACAAAUAGCAGCGCUCAUGAGCCACUGCCCACCAUGACCACCACGACACUGAUGCCGGUCAUCGAUGAGCGUUUGCGUCAAACCUUAGACGUGCGAUGGCCAAGCGCCGACAUGCAAGUGACACCGACUCGCUUGCGCACCUAUCCCGAUCAACCGGUCGAGGUCGUGCUACGCUUUCCCGAAGUGAAUUGUGAGCGCGCUUGGCAAGAGAGCAACUCGCUGGACUUGCCACAAUUUUGGCUGGAGCUCAUCUAUUGCGGUAAGCAACGCAGCUGUACUGAGGUCUCGCCACAAAAUGUCAGCAAAUCGAGCAUUCUGUAUAUGGAGCAAGUACGCGGCUAUCCGAAGCAUAAGCUCGUGCAUCUCGGCUGCGAACUCUUCGGUUUGGCUGGCAAUUAUGCCGUGCAGUUGCGUUCGAUGGUGCCAGCGCCGAAUGUGCCCAUUACACGACGCUUUCUCAGCGUCGAUUGGAGCGAUAAAUUUGUGUUUAAUGUUUAUGCGCGCAGCAUAUUCCCUUGCGAUCCUCAUACGGGCAUCGGUGUGUUGUACGAAUAUCCAGCAUGUAUACUGGAGCAGGGUGAUCGUGUGCGCGUUUUUGCAAAACUGCGCGCUGAUGUGGCAUCGCUGAAGCCGCCCACUACGUUGCACUAUGUUGCUGAGCAGCGUGUGGUGAAGAGUCAUCAUUCGCUUUACUUUAGCUGUGACCUGUUCACCGAGAAAUACGUGGAAUACUGCUUCGUCUAUGUAAGUCAAGCCAUCUCGGGUGCGGUAGCGGACGUGCGCAUGGAUUGUGUGCCGACAUUGCCAGUUAGUGACUCCGACACUGGCGGUUGGGGACCGUGGAGCGAAUGGACACCAUGCUCGACGAAUUGUCUGGGUGGCACGCGUAAUCGUUAUCGAUUUUGUGACUCACCUCCACCGCGUUAUGGCGCUAAAUUCUGUGAAGGUCCCUCUGUGGAGACGGAAAAAUGUGGCAACGCCAUCGCCGAUACUUGGGACUGUAUUUAUGAGAGCAGCGGUGCCACCUUUACCGCUGCUAAUCGUACCGAGGUCAAUCAGGAGAUUGGACCGGGCUGUCGCUGUGGCUGCAUUGUACAUUUGGGUUCGUCAAAACCGAAGCGCAUUUUAGCAGGCGCCACUCAAAGUUGUCCCGGACGCUCUUUUUGGCUUAUACAGGUGGAUGGCGAACAGAAUAUUGCGCUGAGUUUGAACUUUUUGCGCUUGCCUUGUCCGGCGCAGUACAUCAAAGUACGUGACGGUCCAUCGCUCUCAUCGACGUUGCUCAUUGAAUUGAACGGCGGAAGUAAUUUAAAUAUGCCAACACAAAUAGAAUCGAGUGGCGCGCAAUUGUUGCUAGAGUUUUAUGCGGGCGAAGCGAAUGAUGUGCCAGCGUCCGCCAACGGGCAAAGCAACAACAGCAACAACAAUACGGUGGCGGGCAGCGUUAACGCCGCUUGCACCGGUGGCUUUUUGGCGAAUGUCGAACAAAUUGCGCUCAAUGGGACAACAACAACUUUACUGGCCGCUGCCACCAGCAGAUUGUCGGCAAAGAAUCGCAACGUUUCGCAGAAGCCAAAAUUUAGUCGUUCGAAAUUUACGUUGGUCCACUUGAGUGCGGUGGUCUUUGCCAGCAUCAUUAUCUUGAUCAGCGCCUUGUUGGGUGCGCAAUAUGUUGUACGUUAUCGCAAGUACCAUUUGGCAGUGGCGCGUCGUCGUGAUGAAGGCUCUCGCCUGCAUACACCACGCGCCUCCAUGAGCUCCUUGCAAGGACCGCCAUCACGCGCCAUUUCGACUACCACGCUGCUAUCGGAGGUCAUCUAUUUGGUGAAGAUGCGUCCGAAACAUCAGUUACGUCACUCCAUAUUGCGGGAGAGCGUCGAUGCGGAGAAUUUGGCACACGAAACGGAAUUCAAUGACCCCGAAGAAGAAGAGGAUGCCAAAACGACGACACGCAUGGUAAAGUGCGAUGAAGAGCGUGGCAGUAACAGCUCAGUUGUCACUUUGCGCAAUGAAAUCUCACAAUCGCCUGAAUCUGUAAGUGGUAUCAGUUGUUCGCCUUCAUUAGAGGAGGCUUUGGGCUCCACUACGGCCGCCGGCGAGACCAGCGGCAUUUUUAGUGGCACGCUGACACGCAAGGACAGCGGUAAGGACACCGAGUCGAUCAUUUCAUCGGGCAUGAGCUCAAUUUGCGCUAGUCCGCCUAUCAGACAUUCCAGUCGGUUCAACCGUUAUGGUCCCUCGGGUACAUUGAUGCCACAUUCAGCACAACACUUAGAUCAAACGACGCUCAGCGAUCGCGAUUCAUUGCGUUCGUCGCUACGCGAAUACGUGUCACGUUGUGCGAGUGCAUCGCUGACAAAUGGCUGCUAUUCACCAGCUGCAAGCGUCGUCAGCACAGCCACCAUACGUACCACCAAUCCUAAGGAGAGCAAAGAGAAGCAAAAUCGCAAAAAAUUACUUGCACGUCCCGGUUCAGAAUUUUCACUGGGCAAUCAAGAAGAGCUCGAGCUCGAUUACUACGAUUACAAUGUGAUAAACGCCGGCGCAGCACCGGGCUCCUAUUUGGGCAUGGAUCCGGCGCAAUUGAUCUGGGUGCCACCGCUUGAGGUGAUAACCGAUUUGCGUGAUGAAGAUGAUAAAACACCCGAACCAAUGCAAGAGCCCGACGAGACUGAGCCGCUCUAUGAGGAGAUCAAAAUGCCGCGUUAUGGACAUUAUUUGAGCGCGCGCAGCAACACAGAGUCGAGCGCUAACACUAACAGCAAUACAACACCCUCAUCCGACGAGCUCUCACCACUCAGCAGUGAACUGCAUUCGAAAGCUUCCUCGCCAACAGCCGAAAUGAAUCUGAAGAAUACACUGCUGCAGCAAAACAUAUCCACAAGCGCCGGCAUCAAACAACCCACACCCUACUUUUCGCGCAAACAACGUCGCCAUGCCAAGCAGCAAUCACGUUCCACCUCCUCACUACGCAGCGGUGCACGUGAUGUUGUCAUACAAAUGCAACAGUUGUGCAGCACUAAAUCCGCACGUAAUAUACGCAAAUCACCGACAGCAUCGGUGGAAGCGGAGGAUGUCAUGUCGGCGCAUGCAACACCACGUGGCUCUCCCGAAAUACCCGCUGUAUUGGUCAAUUCCAUCACCGACUCGAUGACCGAGUCUAUGACGGGCUCCUAUGUAGAAAAAGAAACUUUGGUCGAGAAGCAAACAUCACCAGAGUUAAGUGAGGGCCUACUCGGCUUAGAUGACAUACAAUUCGCCGAUGAAAGCGAAAGCGAUCACGAUGUGUCGAAGCAAAAGUGCAGCAAAUAUGAGCAGGUGAAGCCGAAAACGGUGUCCUCAAUCAAGGCGCGCAUGCAACACUCAUCAACGGUGGCGGCCAAAUUAAAGCGCGUCAGCGCCGACAGUGCAAUAUUGGAGAAACGCGGUCUAGUCAAAGAGCCAAGCUCGUAUCGCAUCGAAACGAAUGUAUGAGUAAUAAGUAAUUGGAAUUAUUUUGUGGUGGCGCUUGAGCGCGCAAGAGCUGAGCUCACAAUGAUUUGAGGAUAACUCAUGAAAACAGACAAACCUACUUGAUAAUGCAUGCAUACAUCAACACAUACAUAUACAUACAUAUAUAUUAUAUAAUUGGUAAGCGUAAAUUAUUAUGACAUAAUACUACUUAGGGGAAGCGCUGAAAAUUAGCUGACGAUUGUUCCAUUGAUUACUAAUUAUGGGUAUCUGUUUCGUUUCCCUUACCAUGUAAAUACAUAUGAUGACGGUAAUUAUUAAAGUGUAGACGUGUAGGUUAAAAAAAAAAAAAAAAA